CGCCUGCGCGGAGGCUCGGGGAGUCGGCGCCAUGACCCCAUCGAGGCUUCCCUGGUUGCUUAGCUGGGUCUCGGCCACUGCGUGGAGAGCGGCAAGAUCACCCAUUCUGUGUCAUUCUCUGAGGAAAACAAGUUCUUCUCAAGGAGGAAAGUCUGAACUUGUCAAACAGUCCCUUAAGAAGCCGAAGUUACCAGAAGGUCGUUUUGAUGCACCAGAGGAUUCCCACGUAGAGAAAGAACCACUGGAAAAAUUUCCAGAUGAUGUUAAUCCAGUGACCAAAGAAAAAGGUGGACCCAGGGGCCCAGAACCUACCCGAUAUGGAGAUUGGGAACGAAAAGGACGCUGUAUUGAUUUUUAAGUCGCUUAUUCUUUAACCUCAAUAUUGUUUUCUGAAUAUGUACAUCUCAAUUAACUUAUUUCUGAUUAUUUUCUUUCUUUAUAUCCUUUGUGUCGUGUAGUUUCUAUAAUGUGUUUAAAUAAAUAAAUAUAUAUAUAUAUAUAUAUAAUGGCUUUGAAAGAAAAUAUGCUGCUAUAAAUUAGGAAAGGGAGACCAGCCUGACCAAUAGGGAGAAAUAUCGCCUUUACUAAAAAUACAAAAUUAGCCAGGCGUGGUGGCAUGCACAUGUAAUCCCAGCUACUCUGGAGGCUGAGGCAGGAGAAUGGCUUAAACCCAGGAGGUGGAGGUUGUGGUGAGCUGAGGUCGCGCCAUUGCACUCCAGCCUGGGCAAUAAGAGUGAAACUCCAUCUCAAAAAAAAAAAAAUAGGAAAGGGAAAAUAUUUUUUCAUUAACAUAUAUUAAUUUAAUGAGUAUAGAAAUGAUUCUUGGUUUUUUUUUGUUUUGUUUUUGAGAGUCUCUCUCUCUCUCACCCAGGCUGGAGUGGAGUGGCACUAUCCCAGCUCACUGCAACCUCCGCCCCCCCAGGUUCAAGCAAUUCUCCCGCCUCAGCCUCCUGAGUAGCUGGGAUUAAAGACACCCACCAUUGCACCUGGCUAAUUUUUGCAUUUUUAGUAAAGACAAGGUUUCACCAUGUUAGCUAGGCUGGUCUCGAACUCCUGACCUCAGUUGAUCCACCUGCUUCAGCCUCCCAAAGUGCUGGGAUUGCAGGUGUGAGCCACCGUGCCCAGCCUAGAAAUGAUUUUUAGAGCUGUAGGCCUUUACUUCAUCAUUUUUCAGUUUAAAUUAAUCAGUUUUUUAUAAAAUGGACACAUAAAUAAUUUUUAAAAAAUGAUUGUGUUGCUGUGUGCUAGGGGAUAGUGGCUUUUAACAUGUGAGUUAAAUAAUACAUUAUAGUUUGAGAAGGCCACAAUAAUAACAGAAAAUCUUUAACUUGGAGCCAGUGACUUAAUUAAUUACCCAAUCACUUGAGUUCAAAUUCUGACUCUACUUCUUACUACCUAUGUGACCUUGGAUAACUUAUUUAACUUCUCUGUGCUUCAAUAUCCUUAUGUGUAAGUUGGAGAUAAUAAUACUUUUGAUACUGGUGGGCUGCAGGAGGUCCCCAAACACUGGUGGGACCUUAACUCCAGCUGAUGUCCAGGCUCUUGAUACCAUCAUGAGAAGAAAUUCAAGGACAAGUCAGAAAAUAGUGAAAGUACUGAGAUUUAUUGCAAAGUAAAAAGUACAUAUUCGAUGCCUAUAAUCCCAGCACUUUGAGAGACUGAGGCGGGUCGAUCACUUGAGGUCAGGAGUUCAAGACCAGCCUGGCCAACAUGGCGAAACCCCGUCUCUACUAAAAAUACAAAAACUAGCUGGGUGUGGUAGUGCAGGCCUGUAAUCCCACCUACUUGGGAGGCUGAGGCAGGAGAAUCACUUGAACUGGGGAGGCAGAGGUUGUAGUGAGCCAAGAUUGUGCCACUGCACUCCAGCCUGGGUGACAGAGCAAGACCCUGUCUCAAAAAAAAAUAAAAAGCAGAGAAAAGAAAAGCACGCAUUCAAGAAAGGGGAGUGUGGGCAUACUCAAGAGAGAGUGACUCAGUGGAGUUUAGAGCUUCUACCUUCAUGGGUUUCUAUAACCAAGAGGUGGAAUAUUCAUGAAGAUUCCUGGAAAAAGGUGAAGAUUUCUUGGAAUUGUGGUGCCACCGACUUUUACACCAAAUACAGGUGUUCCCGGAAUAGUCAUGGCACUCUCUGUGUGUGCUUUAGUAUGUUAAUGAGCAUAUAAUGAGGUCCUAGGUGAAACCUAGGUCAUAUCCAGUGCCAUGCUGGGUCCAGUCAGUCUUAGCCAACUUGACUCACACCCUGGCUUUUCAGGAUCUUAUCAGCCCCUAGUUUAUGCAGCCAUUUCAACAAUUUCCUUUUUGCUAAUCCUGUAAAACUGCUGCCUGGAAUUUUCUGCUCUUCUGUGACCACCCUGUAUUAUUCCUGUCUCACUUUCACUUCACAGGGAAGUUGAGAAGAUUAAAUGAAUAAAUAACAUGUAUUAGUCAGGGUUCUUCAAUAGGAGAGAGAGAAAUUAUGUGGAAUUGGCUCAUGCAGUUCUAGAGGCUGAGAAGUCCAUGAUAAUGCCAUCUGCAAGCUGAGCACCUGAAGACCCAAAAAAGCCAGUGAUGUGAAUCAGUCUGAGUCCAAAGGCCUGAGAACCAGGGGAAUUAUGAUAUAAAUCCAGUCUGAGGGCAAAAAAGAUGAGAAGAGGUGUCCUAGCUCAAGCAGUGAGGCAAGAAAAAGGGAGUGAAUUCUUCCCUCUACCUUUUGUCCUAUUCAGGCCUUCAAUGUAUUAGAUAAUGCCCAACUACAUUGGGAAGGACAGUCUACUGAGUUCACCAGUUCCAAUGCUUAUCUCAUUCAGAAACACCCCUACAGACACAUCCAGAAACAAUGUUUAAACUGGUACCCUGUGGCCUACUCAAGUUGACACAUAAAAUUAGCCAACACAACAUGUUAGCCACUUAGAGCAGUGUGUAGUACAGUACAUACUUCUCAGUAAGUGUUAACUCUCUUUAAAUUAUGAAUGUAUUUUUCCAAGUCUCUAGGCAUUGUGAGAGGAAAGAUUUUUUUUUUUUUUUUUUUUUUGCUCUGUCCCCAGGCUGGACUACAGUGGUGCAAUCUCCACUCACUGCAACCUCUGACUCCCUGGUUCAAGCGAUUCUCCUGCCUCAGCCUCCCGAUUCUCCUGCCUUAACCUCUGUUAAUAGUAACAUGUUUUAUUACAGUAUCAAAUAUAUAGGUAAAAUUUGGUGGCAUGAAAACACUUGUGGUCUGUAUGUCUAUCAAACAUUCAUGAAAAAACUUGAAGACUGUCAAUUUGGUACCUACAAAAGAUGAUGCGGUAGCCAUGGAAAUGCAUCACCCAGAUCUCCUCCUGUGAGAAGCAGAGUUGACUGAGAACCCUAGCUGCUACCCCAUGGGAUCUACCACUGUAUUCCUGCUGUUCCCAGCCAAUGAGUGAGAAUGGCAGGACUAUUAACACUGACCCACUCCCCUGAUGGGCAACAUUGGCACAAGGACUUCCCACUAGAUUGCCCAGAAUUUUCUUAGAAACAUGCUACUGUCUGAGAUUCUUCCUACCCCAUACUCCUUUCCUUCACUCUCUCCUUCACAGGUGUCAAACCCUACCUACUCCCCUCCUUCAUAAUUCACAGAUAUCUCCUCCAAUAAAUCUCUUUCAAACUUAA